AAUGUGACGCAAACACAUAACGUAUCCAGGAAGUAGUUUAAAAGUUGCAAAUCCAUUGGCCACGUAUGCACUUGGUUCCAAACUUGCGUCUGCUGAUUGGCUUAAGACGCUGUCGUUCAGUCUAGUAGAAAAAAACAGAAGGGGCGGGAAAGCUUGGUUGAGUCGUGAGGACCGCCGCCGCGACUGAUAAACAGAACUUUGGCUGAAAUAACCGACACCGAGAACUAGCGUAGUCGUCGGCAAAAUUCAUUUAAACUUUACACAUGGAAUUGCAGAAACGGGGCGAGGGAAAGUAGUUUGCUCGUUUAUGUACUAAUGUACCCGUCGGCGGUGUAGCUUUGCAGCCACUCUCCCUGUCCGAUGAUGGCCAGCUAGUUAAACAUCGUUACGAGCUACAGGCUAGCCAGGCAUCGUUGUGUGGUUUGCGACCAACAGUUGCCAGCUGUAGCUCAAAAAAGCAGAGGGUUGACUAUCUUGAUCGGCAUUUUAUUUCGAUGAAGGUCUUUCCCACCACGACUCCUGCAUGGAGACUUGUUGGGAUUGUACCGCUUCUGUCUUGACGACAACGUAUCGAGCUAAGCUAACGACGCGAGUGACCUAGCUAGGCUAACUAGGACCCCGGACGGACUUUGUGGAGAAGUUAGCCAAAUAGCGUUAGCCGGCUGCAGGUACGUUGCAAGUUUUGACCUAAAUUUGACUAAAACUUGAUGAGUAAGGUGAGAUGUCUCGGGCUGCAGGCGCAACACCUCGGUUUCACACGGUCCGACUGAUAUGUUCGCAGCGCAUGUAGCUACUGGCUUCUCUCGAUUCUGACUGUCUGAAGGUACCCGUGUUUGUCUUAAUACUACGGCAUGAACGCAUAAAACCUGUUCAGAUCGUCGUCCUGUUUUGGCUACCUGAAGAUUUCCAACGAUGUAGCUUUCUUAGCAGAACUGCGCGGUGAACUGAACUAAAAUUCGCGGUAGCAAACGUGCGAAGACGCCAACAACUUAGGAUGAACAACCAAGGACUUGUGUCUCAAGAGAAGAUGGAACUGGACCUCGAUGUUCCGUCAUCGCUUGUUCAGAAUGACGGGAACUUGAGGCGAUCUAACAGCGAACCAAUGAUAAAUGGCCUAAGUGACAGCUCGCAAGUUUUCCAGAGAGAGGUUCUACGCAGCAGAAGAAACAGCACAACUCUUGUUAAUCGACCCAACAUGAUUCCAUCCUCCCCAGUUCGAGUCCCUAGCACAAGACUUCAAAGGAUCAAACAGGAGGAGGGUGUUGAUGUGAUGAAUCGGGAAACGGCUCAUGAACGGGAGGUACAAGCCGCCAUGCAAAUGAGUCAGUCAUGGGAGGAGAGCCUUAGUCUGAGUGACAAUGACUUUGAUAAGUCAUCAUCCCCGAAACGUAUAGAUUUUGUGCCUGUGUCACCAGCUCCAUCUCCCACCAGAGGCAUCGGGAAGAAGCAGUGCUUUUCUCCAUCUCUGCAAAUCUUGGUGAGCAGUAACGGUCUGAAUCCCAGCCCUAUUCCCAGCCCAACCCGCCGCUUCAGGAGGAGUCAGAGCCCCAUUAACUGCAUUAGACCCAGCAUCUUGGGCCCAAUCAAACGUAAAGUUUCAGGUGAGAUGGAACCAGAUAGCCAGCCCAAGAGACUCUUCCAGGGUACCACCACCAUGCUGUCUGCAGAGACGUCCCACUUGUCAGAACUUGCCUCUCGUCUGUCUCCAGACCUUCUCGAUGGAAGCCUCAGCAGCAUUGGUUCCUCCUCUGGUUCUCCUGCUAAAAUGGAGGGAGUUUCCCCCUCGUCCAGCAACUCUCCAUUCACUCCCCUGCAGGACCUCUCGCCCAAAUGAUCCUGUAUCAGAGACCAUUAACAAGAGGUUAGCAGAUUAAAGGGGCAUACUAUAGGCUCUUUGCAGUCAUUUUGAGCUUCUGUUCCUCUGCCUUCCCAGCCUAGCUUUUGUUCUGGUCUUCAGAUUCUCCUGGAUUUUGCUUUCUUGUGGGAGCUGGGGGGAGGGUGUAUUAAAGGAAACCAAAGCCCUGGGGGUAAUCUUUGUGUGGAUAGUACCAUCAGGGUAAUCAGUGGGGUGGAGGACUGUGGAUGCUGUUUUCACCAGCUGCUAUGUAAGGAUGUAAUGCGUGGGGCGUGGCUCCAUAACAAGGUGAACAGCCUUCCAGAACGUCGCCUGCUUCUCUAUGACUUGUUACUGUAGUUCUUUUAUAUUAGAGGAUUGCCACCAUAAUGUGGAUAUGGCUUUUAGAGAGUGAAUUGUUCCCUCUCGCAACAGAACCAUUAGCUUGCCUGUGGGCUGUAUCCAAGAUAUCCAAGACUAUUACUCUAGGACUUUAAUUUACAUUAGCAGAUUGCCAACCGGUAUUGUGUGAAAAGAAUUUAACUUAUUUUUUGUUCUGCUUCAGUUUGUUUUCUUUGUAAGUAUGUAAAUAUGUCAUAGUUAUUGGCUUGUAAGGAUGUGAAUGUGUGAAAAGUGACAAGUUAACUGACAAUUGGCCUCUUGUGUAGUUUUUUUCAGGAGUGCAAUUAAUUGCAUCUGCAUAUAUUUGCGACCUGAUUUGUUUCUGCCUUUGAAUAGUUAGGUGUAUAAGGAUUGAUCUCUCUCUUGAUAUUCAUAGGUAGAGGAAGGUGGAAACAAAAUGAAGCACCAAGUGUGAUAGACAAUUUCAGAAAGAUGAAGCUAAUGAUUGCCGUCGGUGGUGUUGGUAUGGGAACAAAUGUUAUUGGAAUGCAAUAUUAAGCGGGAUGAUGACCACUUAAUCCAGGAUUUGAACACUACAGUACAUCUCUACAGUCUGUGUUGUGGUUUGUCUUCAGGACAUAGUUCUGCCGUGUCAUAGCUUUAGUGAAGCUGUAGAGAAGCUAAACUGUGACUGUUGACAGACUGCAUUGCAUUUUUACAACCCUUUAAACGCUUAGUUACUUCACCCAUUUUCCUUUGGAGUACUUCACUGGGUGACUGUGCCAUCCUUAAAUUAACUAAAGAGAUAUUUUGUUUUGUUCGACGCCUUUCUUUUUGAUGGGGUGGACUACUGAAAUGCACCUUCUUAAAGAAUUUUAGUAAUAGAUUCCUGAAGCGAUUUGGAUCAAUAGAGCAAAGGAAUUGGCUGCUGUUCAAGAAGUUUGAACAUGUGGUGCUGGUAAUAAAAUCUCAUCAUAAGGAAAAUGUUCAUUUCUUUGGGGGAAAGGUCAUCUACUGAUUCUUUAUAGUAGUGUGCCAUUAAAGGUCUGUAUAUAUGAGAUGUAAAAUUGUACUUGUGUAAGUUGCUAUUCAUUUGGGCUGUAGUUACUUUAGUAAAUAGUAUUUUUUGUAAAUUGUUUUAUAAAUCAUUUUCGUUUAAAAAAAAAAAAAAAAGAAAGAAAAAGAAAAAAAAAGAAAUGAAUAUUUCCUGAGAGCAUGAUAUGAUGAAUCAUAAAUUCAGUUUUUAGUUGCAGGCACAGAAGUGAUUUGUAAAUUUUAUUUUUUUGCGGACGUGAAUUUAAGGGUGUGUUCUUCCCGCCUCCUCCUAUGUCAGAAAAUGGCCGUCUCCGACCUGCAGUGUACAGCCUUCUGAUUUGAAUGUCUUUCUUUGCUAACAGAAACAACGCAGUAAGUGGGUCGUGUGGGUCCCCUUUCUGUACUGUAUCUAUGGUUGAAAUGUUUGUGGUUUGCUUUACAGACUUGUUUUUGUCCUGUGGACUUGUCUUUUAUUUAAUUUACGCUGUCCUGUAGAAUGGCUGCACGGGGUACUUUUUAAAGGCGUGAACAUAAGUUGAAGUUUUGAGGAGUAAAUUGGGUGCUUAAAUGAUUAAAUCUUUGUUGUGCUCUGCUCUGAAUGGACAAAAAAAUCUUGUCCCCUUCACAUCAGUGAUCUUCAGAUUGCUAAAUAAAUUAUUUGUCCUAAAA